AACCCAUGCAAACCCUCAAAAAUUUCCCGGUGACUUCAGAUCCAAGGAGGUGGUCACAUCUGCGCUCGCUGGAUUUAAACUGCAAGGAGAACUUUCACUCGGAGCUGUGGGACUGCUUUAGCCUUUCGAUCGCAUCUCUGCAGUUGCCUUUUAACUUUGGAGAAGGAACAUGAGAUUUAACAGGCGGAUAAGCACAAAAGUGUACCAAUGAUUUACACCACAGGCGCUAAACUAUUAAUUUUACAGAGCUAUGUUAUAUAUAUAUUAUUCUAAAUUGAUUUUAUAGAAACAAGUCGUGCUUGGAAAAAAGUAUUUUAGAAUCUGACGAGUGGUACAAAAGUUCAGUAACUGUGUGUAAUGAGCGUCUACCUGUGCAUUAUGAAACGAAGGAAUCAAACUACCCUUCUCUCGUUCGCCAGUUAUUUUUUGUUGACGAUUUUUUAAAAUCCUGCAGUACCCACAGAGAGGUUAUGAAUGCGGAUGACUUUCGUGAAAAGUGAAUCUUGUUAAGCGUAAUUGAAACCAGCUGCUAUUUCAGCCUGAUAUUGGAUAAUUGAUUCUGUGGGUUGUUUUGUUUCGACGUUUAAAAAUGGACCGACUGGGCACUUUAAUUUUGAGGGUAUUAACUGUUGUACUACUGGUACGAAUGUGUGACACUCAGAGGGAUUUGACAGGUGGAAAACAGGACAGCGCAAACACUCGCACUCUCUGGGACCAGGGUCUAGCGCGACCCAGGAGUCAGGGGGACAGUGCAGAGGUAACCAAAGACGGCUACUCUGCCAGACCACCAAGCGUAACCUCCUACCGGACACACCAGAAUAGCUCGCCCAUAGGAAGGGGGACUCAACCUCGUCUACCCCAGAGCAGAAAUGCCCCGUCAACGCAAGGAAACAGACACACGACGGUCGUGGGCAGCAGCAUCCCCGUUGCACUACAAGAAAAGGAUGCUGUGACCCAUCACGGCAACGCUACCUUAACCCGGGACAACACGCGAGUGUCCACGAAACAGCGAGUGACUUAUCCAUCCCAGCACAGAGCCCGGAUCAAUUCCAGGCAGAGCUCUGUUACCAACGGAGACUCCAAACACAGGGCUGCAGGUUCGAGGCGUCUACUUGGGCCCAAUGUGUGCGGAGGACAUUGCUGUUCAGGAUGGGCUAUAGCACCAGGGACAAAUCGAUGCAUAAAGCCUGAUUGUCAACCACCCUGCCAGAACAGAGGGUCCUGCAGUCGGCCUCAUACCUGUGUCUGCCGGUCCGGUUUCCAGGGCCCCAGGUGUGAGGAGGUGGCCCCCGAGCAGGUGUACGUUCGGACAGGCUCCUCACGGGCCCUGCGGCCUCUUCCUCCCAGCUCCACCCUGCUCAACCACCGGAGGCCCGAGGACAGUCAGGGAAGAAACACCAGCAGGGGGCAGCUCCCCAGACAACUACCUGAAUCCGAAGGGCAGCCACUUUCCGCCACACAGAUCAGACCAGGGCACGCAGAGUCUUCCUCUCAUCAGACGGGGACAUCCCGAACAGUCAAACGUUACCCAUCGCCCAACGGGCAGAUCACAUCCAAUGCUCUGCCCAAUGGGAAUGGACAGCUCCACGUCAGCCAGCAGCCAGCAUCCACCCCACAGAGCUUUAAUUCCGCUGUGGAUCCCAAAGGAGCCAACCUGACGGCGAAUAUAGACCGCAUCAAGAUUGUCUUCACCCCAAUGAUCUGCAAGAGGGUCUGUCGGAGUGGCCAGUGCUUCAAUAGCUGUGAGAAAGGAGACACCACAACUAUUUACAGUGAGAAUACGCAGAGCCAGGUGUCCAAGUCUGGAUUCCGCAUGUAUUUCUGCCAGAUUCCCUGCAUGAGUGGUGGACACUGUAUUGGAAGAGACCAGUGCUGGUGCCCAUCAAACUCCACAGGGAAAUUCUGUCACCUUCCUGCCCCACCUCCUGGGAAACACAGCACUGCCAGGAAGGAGUCUGGGCACUCAGGCCGCAAUUCAUCACACACUAUGUACACUCUGCCACUGUCCAACCAGCUAGCUUCCAUGCACCCAUCUCUCGUGAACGUGCACAUCCAGCAUCCCCCUGAAGCUGAGGUCCAGAUACACCAAGUGGCACGGGUGAAACCUGACCAGGUGUCCCCUGGGUCUGAACAGAACAGCAUCAAUGGGUGGCAGUCAGUGCGAUCCGUGCAGCAGCGAUCACAGGCAGGCGACGGCCAUGGGAGCAGCCGACAGCACGGAUCGACCUCUGGGAACGGCGAUGUGCAUUCCAGGCUCCAUAACAGGCUGAAUGGACAUGUGGGAAGGUGUUUCCAGGAGACCAUCGAUGGGCAGUGUGGUAAACCCCUUCCUGGUCUGACUAAACAAGAUGAUUGCUGUGGCAGUGUUGGAGCAUCAUGGGGGCUGAACAAGUGCACAGCAUGUCCUCCGAAACCAGCAUAUGCAGUGAUUGCCAAUGGCAAAGUUGAAUGUCCCAAAGGCUACAAGAAAAUGAACCAAACUCACUGUCAAGACAUAAAUGAAUGUCUAAUGUCAGGCAUCUGUAGGAAUGCCAUGUGCCUUAAUACGCGAGGAAGCUAUAGAUGUACCUGCGCACCUGGGUAUAUGCUGGACACCUCCCGAAGCCACUGUAUAUCGGACAAAGCAGUUUCUGUGACCCCAGGCAUGUGCUACCGGUCGGUAUCGGGAGGGACCUGCUCGCUGCCUCUCUCCCAGCACAUCACCAAACAGAUCUGCUGCUGCAGUCGAGUGGGCAGAGCCUGGGGCCAAGGCUGUGAGAGGUGCCCCCUGCCUGACACAGAUCAUUUUAAGGAGAUCUGCCCUGCUGGCCAUGGAUAUACGUACUCCUUAUCUGACAUUCAGAUUUCGCUGAGGCAGGCCGAGGAGGAAGAGCUGGCACAAACGUCACACACACAGCACGAGCACCACCGCACCUCGGACGCCCAGCAGACAGUCAGGGUGCCAACAGAUGUUGGAACAGUCCGAACACUCCCUGCUGUAACUGAAGCGCCUCCCAAAUUCCCAGUGGAUGUGGUAGUGAAGGCAACUCCUCAUUCUCCAGUCAAUCUUAUACCUGAGGUCCUGGAGACCGCGCCUAUCAAUGUGGCCACCCAAGUCACAGAUAUCGACAGGUGCUCUGCCACUCCCAAUGUCUGUGGUCCUGGGGUCUGUGUCCCUGUGCAGGGGGGGUACACCUGUUACUGCAGCAAUGGCUUUCAUCUCAACACACUACAGACCCGCUGUGUCGACAUCGAUGAGUGCAAGAGGGACCCAUGUGAGGGGAAAGGGCAUUGUGUAAACAGUGUAGGCUCCUAUACCUGCUACUGUUACACAGGAUACAGCCAGGUCAUCACUCAGAACAGGAGGUCAUGUCAAGAUGUCAAUGAGUGUGACAUGCCGAAUAAGUGUCCAGGCAGUGUAUGCAUCAACACAGAGGGCUCCUUCACCUGCAAAUGUGAAAAUGGCUACACCAUGUCCAGGAGGGGACAAUGUGAAGACAUAGAUGAAUGCCGAAAUCCCAGCACUUGUCCCAGUGGAAGAUGCAUUAACACUCCUGGCUCCUUCCAAUGUCUGAGCUGUGAUGCUGGGUACAGGGCACAAAGUGGAAGAUGCAUAGACGUAAAUGAGUGUCUUGUCCCUGGAACCUGUGCCAAUGGAAGAUGUGUCAAUUCUGAAGGCUCGUACAGGUGUAGCUGUAGCCCGGGUUACCAAGCAACACCAGACAGUGGGAGCUGCCAAGAUGUAGAUGAAUGUCUUCUGCCUGGGGUCUGUUCCCAUGGUAACUGUGUCAAUCUGGAAGGCUCAUACAGGUGCAGCUGUAACCUCGGUUACCAGGAGUCGCCAGACAGUAAGAGCUGUGAAGACAUCAACGAGUGUGCAACACGUAAUGUGUGUCCCAGUGGUAUAUGCACCAAUUCUGAAGGUUCCUAUUCAUGUACUAGCUGCAGGCCUGGAUAUAGGAAAUCGGCAGAUGGGCAGACAUGUGAAGAUAUCAAUGAGUGUGCAUUAGCCUCUGUCUGUCCCGGUGGAGUUUGCACUAACACAUUAGGCUCCUACACAUGCUUGCAGUGCAGGAAGGGCUACAGGCUUUCCCUGGAGAAGCAGAGGUGUGAAGAUAUCAAUGAAUGUGCUUCCCCCUCCAUUUGCCUCAUUGGAAUAUGUACUAACACUAACGGAUCAUACUUCUGCACAACCUGCCCUAUAGGAUACAGACCAGCAGCAGAUAGACAGAGCUGUGAGGAUAUCGACGAAUGUGCAUCCUUUAAUGCGUGCCCAGCUGGAAUCUGUACCAACACUGAAGGUUCCUUCUCCUGCACUAGUUGUGGUCCUGGAUACCGAAUAUCAGAGGAUGGACAUCAGUGUGAAGACAUUGACGAGUGUGCUGUGCCUGGUGUUUGUUUUAACGGAGUGUGCAACAAUAAUCCAGGGUCCUACUCCUGUAUCACCUGUGGGACUGGCUACAGGCCGUCUGCAGAUGCCAGCACGUGUGAAGAUGAAGACGAAUGUCUUCUGCCUGGGGUCUGUUCCCAUGGUAACUGUGUCAACCUGGAAGGCUCACACAGGUGCAGCUGUAACCUCGGUUAUCAGGAGUCCCCAGACAGUAAGAGCUGUGAAGACAUUGACGAGUGUGCUGUGCCUGGUGUUUGCUUUAACGGAGUGUGCAACAAUAAUCCAGGGUCCUACUCCUGUAUCACCUGUGGGACUGGCUACAGGCCUUCUGCAGAUGCCAGCACGUGUGAAGAUGUGGACGAGUGCUCUUUGGCAAAUGUGUGCCCAGGCAGGCUGUGCAAGAACACCCAGGGCUCGUUCUACUGCAGGAGCUGUGAAGAGGGCUAUGAGCUGUCAGAAGAUGGCUACGGCUGUGAAGAUGUUGAUGAAUGUCUCUCCCCGGGGGCCUGUCCCACCGGCGUCUGCUCCAACACAGAAGGCUCCUACACCUGCACAACCUGCGAUGGAGGCUAUAAGCUCUCUGCCGACAAAGGGAGUUGUGAAGAUCAAAACGAAUGUGAUGAUGCUGACAGCUGUGUUGGUGGAGAUUGCAUUAACACCCCUGGGUCCUACAGCUGCUCCUGUCCUCACGGCUAUGAGCUCAUUGAUGGUUCCACAUGCAGAGACGUCAAUGAGUGCCUUAGCCCAGAUAUCUGUGGUCUAAGUGGAGAGUGUCUGAAUGCAGAAGGCUCCUUCUUCUGCCUGUGCUCCCCUGGCUACACCAUCGUUGGAGAUGGAAUGGGCUGUCAGGAUGUGGAUGAGUGCAGUGAGGGAACCAUGUGCUCAAGAGGACAAUGUCUGAACACAGACGGGUCCUUCCAGUGUGUAUGUGAAACAGGAUACAAGUUCUCACAUGAAGCUGGUGACUGUGAAGACAUGGACGAGUGUAAGGAGUACGGAACUGGGAUCUGUGGCACCUGGCGCUGUGAGAACACGCUGGGAUCGUACCGCUGCUUCAUGGGCUGUGCGUCAGGAGUCUAUGGGGAAGACGCUAGAGACUGUGACAUCGACGAGUGCACGAAUAAGACCAUCUGUGGGAAACAUGGCAUCUGUGAGAACAUGGACGGCUCGUACCGCUGCCUGUGCGACCAGGGCUACACCAGCCCGCCGGGGAACCCAGAGUGUGUGGACAUCAAUGAGUGCGAGAUGAGCACGGCGCUGUGCGGGACGGCUUUCUGUGAGAACGUGGAGGGCACCUUCCUGUGCCUCUGCCCCAACGAAAACGAGGAAUUCAACCCCUUGACAAGCCAGUGCCACAACCCUCUACUGACAGGCCAGGGCCGCGGAGGAAUCUCCAGGGAUUAUGUGUUGUCUGCAGACGAGAAGGAGAGGAAAGAAUGUUAUUACAAUCUGGAAGAUGACAAUUUCUGUGACAAUGUCUUGUCCCGAAACACUACCAUGCAGGAGUGCUGCUGUACUGUGGGGGCUGGCUGGGGGGACAACUGUGAGAUCUACCCCUGUCCCCCUGCUGGAAGAGUUGAAUACGAUGAGCUCUGCCCUCAUGGGAAAGGAGUCCUGUCUGUGGAUAGCCCCUCCCUUGGCCUCGCACAGCAGCUGUUUAAAGAUGCUGAUGAAUGUGAGAUGUUUGGCUCAGAAAUCUGUACAGACGGCAGCUGUGUCAAUAUCUAUUCUGGGUACUCCUGUUACUGCCGUAUGGGCUACUACUAUGACACGAUCCGGCUGGCAUGCCUAGACCACAAUGAGUGCGAGGUGGAGGACACCUGUGUGGAUGGCACUUGUGUCAACACCCCAGGGUCCUUCAACUGCUUCUGCAGCCCGCCCCUCCUUCUCGACAGUACCCGCAGGCGCUGCAUCGCCGCCAACUUCACAGACGAAGACCACCUGAAUCCAGAUGAAAGAAUCCACAUGGAAAUCUGCUGGCAAAGGCUGACAGAAAAUUCAAUGUGUUCAAAUCCUUUGCUUAAUAAGAGGACCACAUACACUGAAUGCUGCUGUCUUUACGGAGUGGCCUGGGGGGACCAGUGUGCCUUCUGUCCCAGUAGGUUGUCUGCGCACUACGCGACCCUGUGCAACAAGCCCCAACGGGGGCUUGAAGGAGCGGAUGGCCACCGAGAGAGGCCGGGCUAUGAGUAUGGCCCCGACAGCCCCGUGUACGGCCCAGGCUACGGAGAUAUAGCUGGUGGUCAAUACUAUCACAACCUGGGUCCAGAGUACGGGCCCCAGGACCCGCACACGGGCAUCAUCUUUCCUGGGCAGGACCCCACGGAUGACUACGGUUCCAGAGAGAGAGCGAGAGUCCCCGUCUUGAGGCCACGAGAGUUUGCGCCUCGCCUGGUGGAUCCCUACAGGGAUCGAUAUGACGGAUUUGAGGGCCUGCGCGCAGAGGAAUGUGGGAUUUUGAAUGGCUGUGAAAAUGGCCGAUGUGUCCGUGUUCGGGAAGGGUACACAUGUGACUGCUUUGAUGGUUUUGAGCUGGAUUUAGCCAAAAUGGCAUGUAUUGAUAUCAAUGAGUGCGAAGACAUAAGUGACAAAGUCCCGCUGUGUCAGAAUGGUGCCUGUGUGAACACAGAGGGGUCAUACAAGUGCACUUGCCUGUCGGGAUUCGUGGCUUCAUCGCAGCCUCACCAGUGCAUCCCUGAGGCUCCUGAGACAGAGCAAGAGGCAGGCCAGUGAGACCGGUAGAGGCAUCUCUCCCUGACCUGGUGCCAGUACCAGGGCUCUGGCCCUGAAAUCACAAGAGUAAAACAGGAUUGUCCCCCCCAGCCCCACCUUCUCUUCAAAAAAAGCACUCGGACGGACCAGUGAUGUGCAGCGAAUGUUUUGCAUGGGAUUUGUUCAUCAUUUUGCCUUUAAGGGAUUUCAUAUAAGCAGGACUCCUCCGUCUACUGUCCCCGUAAUAAUACAUGGCUUACACCCCAUUUCCAGGCGUGCGAUGCAGAAUACAAUGUACAGAAGAAUUGCGAUAAAUAUCAGAAGUACUGCUCUUUAAAGAGGAUUUUAUUUAUUGCUUUCAGCGCAUAAAGCUUUUGUGUUUACUAAUGCUAAAUUAUGUUUUGUAAACAUUUAACUCCAGGCUGGCUGUCCGUUUUGAAUUUCAAUGGAUUGGGGAAAAGAGAAGCAGGCUGAGACAUUAUUUUGCUUCCCUGCUACUACUUCCUGAAAGUGGCUGUUGCCCCAGAGUUUCAAAACAAAAAAAAGUGAUAUGUAACUAUUUGCAUCCUUGCUAGGCACUGGUUAAAUACUUUUUUAGUAUGUUUCAAAAGAAUGUGGCAUGUGUAUUGUUGUGGAAUAUUGCUGCUGAUGUUUUGUUCGUAUUGGGGCAAUAUACCAUGAUAGAAAAUACGCUUGAGAGCUCUGUCUUUACUGAAUGCUUAUGCUUGUCAUUAGAAAAACAAAGGAUAAAAUAACAAUUUGAAAUAUGACUUUAACAAUAAUGUACUAUAGGGAAUAUCAUUCUGCCCCAAAACAUAUUUAUGUAAAUAAGAUUUAGAUUACAAUAAAUUAUCUAGACAAGAAAAAGCAACUGAAAAAAUGGCUGCACAUUGAGGUUUGUCUAUUUGUAAACAUCCAGAGUAAUGUUUUAGCACUGAAAGUGAAACAGCUGCUCAUGCAGCUUUGUUUAAAUUCCAAAAACCAAAAACAUAGAACAGAGGUGUAUAGUCCCACACCUUGGGACAGUUUGGGAUAUAGCCUCAGGUAUAUGCGGGAGAACAUUAGAAAAGCAAAUUACCUUCUUAUUAAACAACUAUUAUAUACAGGAAUGUAGUGUGUUACACGUUUAUGUUACCAUAAAAUAACCUGCGAUUUGUUUUUUUUUCUAGAUAAUUUCUCAGAUAUGCACCAUUCAGGUUAAAUUAUUAGCCACUGGCAAAGGUCACAGUUUACAAGAAACGUUGAGUUCUUCACCUGAACCUGUUGUUGGUUAAUUGUUUUUAAGAGACAGAAUAAUUCAACUCCAAAAUUUACCUGUUUUCCUUACAGACAUGUACGAGUACAUCCAAUCUUAAAAAUCUUUCCUGUUCUUAGAAAGCUUGGCAUGUUAUUUUCUAAAAAUCAUCAUACUUUUUUACACCAAAAAGCCAGUCCAGUGUACACAGCCAAGUCAAUUAAGGCUUAUCCCAGGGCUGCCUCAGUCUUAGUCAGAUAUGGCCUAACCACAAUCACACACUGGCUGAAUGGCUCUCUAAAGAAACCUGUUUCCUAGCAUCUCAAGAAUUGCCAUGACCCAACAUAAUUCUAGCAAAGACAGAAAGCACAGUUUAUGUGCCAGUCUUUGCUCCUAACUGGUUAGCUGCAGUUUAAAGAAUGAUCUUUCCUGGAGACUGCCUUGUGCAAAAAAAAAGACAGCACAAGAACUGUAGUUGGAACAUGCAUUGAUAGUGUAGUGUAAAGUCUACUGGGUAUCGAUCUGUAUGGUCAGCUUUGCUGUUCAUGCUUUGUUUUUGCUUAUUUACUAAAAAGAACCAAUGGUCAGUUCUGCACAUGAACAAUUAUGCUGUGGCUUUUUUGCAGAAAUGCACAGUGUCAUACAGGAAAUUAAUAAAUGUUUACACCAUUUAUGCAUGUUGGCAUUCAUGGAAUAUUAUCAGAUCCCAUGUAAGAACAUUCCCAGCGGUACAAUCCAGGAAUCAAGAUCAAACAUUGACGAAGGAGUUUGGGAUGUUUGUACAGAUGUAGUACUAUGUAUUUAAUUGGUUUUGUUACAUAUUUUAUUUAGAUAUCUAGUUGAGCAAUUUGCAAUUAUUUUUGUCUUGACAAACAAAAUCAUAUAUGUUCAGUUUAAAUGCCUUAGGUAUUAUACAGUAGAUCUUGCAUUUCUGUAAAAUUUGUUAACAUAUCUUUGUCUGAAAAAAUGGUUUACACUGUACCAUAAGGAGUAUGUAUGUAUCCUGCCCUGUGGAGCAGACAUUGGAAAUCAAUUUAAGGGUACAGCAGCAUCCUUCUCACAAAACAAGCAGCCAUGCAUCCAGCACAAGUUCAUUUAUUAUAACGCUUAUCCAAUAACAUCAGUUUAAAAGUGUGCUGCAAAUCCAAGACUUCCACAUUACGUUCCCAGUUCAGUUGUAGUUUUAGCUAUAAGCAGAAGGAAGAGUGUCCCAUUAAUGCAUUAAUACAUGUGGAAGAGGUUGCUGCCACCCCUUAUACAAGUACCAAAUAUGUUAUGUAGUAUUGGAUACUUGUUUUUCAUUGACUGAUGCCCAUAAUCUGCAUUGUGUAUAAAAAAAAUCCUCUGUAAGCAGUGGCUGCUACAUAAGCCAUGUGCUAAAUGUAGCCAAUGCUGCACAGCUCUUCUUCCUUUGCAUAGAUGACAAUGUUCCAUUCAGUUACAGCAGUGGAUGGAAAUACAGGUAUGUGCACAUUUUGUCAUGUGUAUGUUUUUUUUUGUAAACCAUAAGUUAUAGGAUUCAGCUAUAUAGUGGGGAAAUCCUACUGGUAGAAGCUGUGCUCUGGAAUUUUUCUACAUUCCUCGUUUACCUCUAACCGUAGUCACUUUCAGUCAUGAAAAUAAAACUUUGAGAAACCG